GCGGUGUCAGCGUUAACUUGAUCCGGUUCUUACAGGUUUGUUUGUAUACGUCUCCCUGCAGGACUCUGCGCCUGUUUGUCGCGACAGCGCUUGCAGCAGCCGGUAACAACUUGAGUCCCCGAGCCAGGCGCCGGAGGGCGAGAUGAACACCCUGGCCUCCCGAACCUUCUGGACCUGCGAUCGCUUGUGGCAGCCCCAGCCGGUACUCCUGCCCCCAGGGUGACGCAUAGUACCCAGCCGCCCAGACAGAUGGCCCCAGGCCAAGUGCCCCAUCAGUCUGCCCCCUGGAAGGAUACCCACCCCUUCUUCCUCCUGUCCCCACUGAUGGGCCUCCUCAGCUGGGCCUGGAGCCGCCUGAGAAGCCCAGGACCUCCAGAGCCCUGGCUGGCGGCACCAGUAACAGGAGCAGAUCAGGGAGAGGCUAAGGCUUCUCUGACCACCCACCAUGCUCCCUGGAGCAGGCGCCCUCCAGAGGAGACUGGAGACAAUGGAGCAGCUGAGAGCGAUGGAGCAGCAUCGUCGGGGGCCUGCCCUGACCUGAAAGCCAAGUGUUCUCUUCUCGAAGCCUGGAGACUUUCAGGUGAUGAUGAUGAAGAGAAUGGCAGAGAAGAAGCAACCAGAGUCCCUAGCAAGCUGGGAAGUGAAUUUAUAGAGGGCCAGCCUGCUCCCCUGGCCUCCAGCCUUCGGAUAAGAUCCCUGCAGGACCCUCCUGGGGAGGAGAAAUCUGAGGAAGGAGGAGUUGCUAAAGAUAAAGAGAUCAUGUUCCCUUUUCUCCUAUCAGGCUGGGAGUACUGUCCAGGCUCGGAGUUAGAGGAGGAGGGGGUUGGAGCUGUAAAUAAAGAAGCUCCGAGAACAUCUACGUCCCCCUUAGCUCCAGGAUCCACGCCCAGAGCUUGGGUGUGCUGCCUUCCAGUGGAGGAAGGGGAUGAAGCCACAGUGGAAGAAAGAACAGAGGAUAAAGCAGCCACGAAGACCUCUACUGCCCCCUCAUCUGUAGGCUCCCACCCCAGGGCCUGGGAAGGUUGUUCAGGGGAGGAGCGUGAGGAGGAGGCGGACAACAAGGCUGAGACCAGAGCAGCUGACCCAGAGCCACACUCAGUUCUAGCCCAGAGGCCCCUGCUCAGGACUUGGCAGCAUCAAUCCAGUGAGAUCACAGAGGAGGAUGAAGAGGAGGAUGAGGACAGUGCUUUGUGGGCAGCUGAGGGUCUCUCUUGUGUCCCACGCACCAGUGCCUUCCUGAGGGCCUGGGUCUAUCGACCAGGAGAGGACACGGAGGACGAGGAUGACAAAGAGGACAACAAGGACAACAAGGAGGAGGACAGUGAUUCAGGAGCAGCUGAAGAGGAGGGAGAAGCUGAGGGUCCUUCUUCCAUCCCCCCUACCAGUACCUUCCUAAGGGCCUGGGUGUAUCGACCAGGAGAGGACUCAGAGGAGGAGGAAGAUGAUGAGGAUGAGAAUGAGGAUGAAGAUAAUGAGUCAGAAGCAGCUGAGUCGGGAGCAAGUCCCUCCCUUCAAGCCCAGAAUGCCCUCCUCAGGGGCCGGAUCUAUCGGCCUGGAGAGGAAACUGAGGGAGAGGAAACUGCUGAGGAGUGGAAAGAGGCUGAGUCCUGCCCCUUCCGCGUGGCCAUCUAUUUACCUGGAGAGAGAGCGCCACCUCCCUGGGCUCCUCCUCGGUUGCCCCUCCGACUGCAGAGGCGGCUCAAGUUUGAAGAAACCCCCGUCAGGCAUCAGGACCCUGAGCCUCUCCUAAAGACCAGAAAGGUGCGCUUCUCUGAGAAGGUCUCUGUCCAUCUCCUGGCUGUCUGGGCAGGACCAGCCCGGGCCGCCCGCAGAGGCCCUUGGGAGCAGUUCGCCCGGGAUCGCAGUCGCUUCGCCAGACGCAUUGCCAGGGCCCAAGAGGAGCUGGGCCCCUACCUCACCCCUGAUGCCCGAGCCAGGGCCUGGGCACGCCUCAAGAACCUUUCCACUUCUGUGGCCACCAUACCUGCCCCUACCCAGACCUUACCAAUGUCCCCCAUCCAGGCCACGCCCUUGAGCCAUGCUACAGCCUCUCCCCUCCUUCAUAUGUCUCCUUGCCUGGACCUCAGUGGGAGGCGUGGCUAAGAUGAUGUAGUUUUCAUGUUAUUAACUAUUUAUUUUUUUAAGUGUUGGUUUAUGUAGGAAUAAAGUCUUUUGUAGUGA